CCAAAAGCAACACUCUUGGCUCCCCUCAUUCCAAGUCAAUAAUCCAAAACCAUUUUUAUCAUCUUUUUCCCUGUAUUCAGUUAACUUUCCUUUUCAUUAUAUUAACUGAAAUACAUAAACACAAAAAAGACUUUGCUCUCUGUUGCCUCCCUUCAUUCUCUGCAACUUCAACUUUUCCUUUGUUUUUUAAGUACUUCCAUAUUUUAAUUUUUAGCAUCAAUAAUAUAUCAAAUCAAACAACUCUUUUUCUCUUCCUUUUUGAUUUGUUCACCAAAACAAUUACAACUACAGUUGGUCACCAUCUCUCUGUUUUUUCAGACUAUGUAAAGGCUAGCUCUGGUUUAGGAACAGCAUGAUUCGUUAGUUCAAGAAAAAAACAUGGGUUUUGUUCAUAUCAAUCUCCAUUUUCUUUCUUUCAUUAUUAUUGUGGUUUCUCUUGUGAAAGUUACUGUAUUUGCUUUGAAUACAGAUGGGGUUCUUUUGCUUUCUUUCAAAUACUCCACUCUUAGUGACCCAUUAUCAGUCUUGGAAAACUGGAACUAUGAUGAUGAAAAUCCCUGUUCUUGGAAUGGAGUCACCUGUACAGAAUUAGGCCUCCAAGGCACACCUGAUAUGUUUAGGGUUACAAGCUUAGCUUUACCUAAUAGUCAGCUUCUGGGUUCAAUCCCUCCUGAUUUGGGCUUUGUUCAACACCUUAAGCAUCUUGAUCUUUCAAAUAAUUUCUUAAAUGGGUCGUUACCAUUUUCUUUUUUCAAUUCUACUGAGUUGCAGGUGCUUUCUCUCUCAGGUAAUGAGAUCUCCGGCGAAUUGCCGGAAACAAUUGGUGGAAUGAAGAGUUUGAAGUUACUAAAUCUUUCUGAUAAUGCUUUAGAUGGGAAAGUGCCUAAGAAUUUGACAACUCUGCAAAAUCUUACUUUUCUUUCUUUAAGGUCUAAUUAUUUUUCUGGUUACGUUCCAAGUGGGUUUAAUUCUGUUCAAGUGUUGGAUCUAUCUUCUAAUCUCCUUAAUGGGUCAUUACCAUUUGAUUUUGGUGGACGUACUUUGAAUUAUUUGAAUCUUUCUUACAAUAAGCUUUCUGGGUCAAUAUCACAAGAAUUUGCAAAGAAAAUUCCUGCAAAUGCCACCAUUGAUCUCUCCUUCAACAACCUAACUGGUUCAAUUCCAGAGUCUGUGUCUUUGCUUAAUCAAAAAACAGAAUCUUUUACAGGAAAUGUAGAUCUUUGUGGGAAACCACUAAAGAAUCUUUGCUCAAUUCCAUCAACUUUAUCUACCCCACCGAAUGUUUCAUCCAUUUCACCAGCUAUUGCAGUUAUACCCAAACCACUAGAAUCAACCCCAGUAACUAACUCAUCUACCGGAACUCAGAAUUCAAAAAACCAAACCCAAAAUGGUCUAAAACCCACCAUUGUAGCGGCCAUAGCCGUGGCGGAUUUAGCCGGAAUAACCAUUCUCGGUAUGGUUAUCCUUUACGUAUACAAACUCAGAAAGAAAAACACUUCUAAUAAUAUCAACAGCUUCAACCCAUCAAAGACUGAUCCAAAACCUCCAUCAGAAACAAUAAUUGUAUCAAAUUCUGAAAAUAAACCGACAGAACCAAGAAAACAGACAUCAUGGUCAUGCUUAACUCUCAAAGGCGAAGAAACAACAUCAGAAGAAGCGACAACUUCCGACAGCGACCAGGACGUCGGCGGCGGCGACAUUGACCACCAGAAUGAAGUUAUAAAUGAGAACCACAAGCAGAAGGGUGGAAAGCUUGUGAUAGUGGACGGAGAAACGGAACUGGACACGGAAACGCUGUUAAAAGCAUCGGCCUAUAUGUUGGGAGCUACAGGAGCUAGUAUAGUGUACAAGGCGGUGCUUGCUAAUGGUACGGCUUUUGCGGUGAGGAGAAUAGGAGAAAGUGGUGUAGAGAGAUUUAGAGAUUUUGAGAAUCAAGUGAGGCUAAUUGCUAAGUUACGGCACCCAAAUUUGGUUAGAGUUCGUGGGUUUUAUUGGGGAGACGACGAGAAGCUUGUUAUCUAUGACUAUGUCUCCAAUGGCAGUCUUGCUAGCUCCAAUUACAGAAAACCGGGUUCAUCACCAUUUCAUCUACCUAGUGAAGUUCGGUUCAAGAUAGCAAGAGGGAUAGCUCGAGGUCUAGCCUUUAUUCACGAGAAAAAACACGUGCAUGGCAGCAUCAGACCUACUAGCAUCCUCUUAAACCUCGAUAUGGAGCCCAUAAUCUCCGAUUUCGGCCUAGACCUUUUAAUUCUAGGUAAUAACAGCUACAAAGCUAACAACUCAGGCCGAAAUUUCGGUAGCCAAAGAUCCAACUCUACUUCACGAGACUACCCUAGCACCGCCAGCCCUUACACAGCCACUUGCUCCUCCACCACUAGUACCACAUCCCCUUAUCAAGCGCCGGAGUCAUUAAAGCACGUGAAGCCAAACCCUAAGUGGGAUGUUUAUUCAUUUGGUGUUAUUUUGCUUGAACUUCUUACUGGCAGAGUGGUUUCAGACCGGGAGUUGAGCCAGUGGACCGCCGGUUCAAUAGUGGAGGACAAGAACCGGGUUUUGAGAUUGGCGGAUGUGGCAAUUAGGGCUGACGAGGAUGGCAUGUUGGCAUGUUUGAGAUUAGGGUUUAGUUGUAUUUCUUUUGUACCUCAAAAGAGACCAUCCAUGAAAGAAGCAGUCCAAGUGUUGGAGAAGAUGAUCCCUUUAAAUGUUUGAAACUAAUGAUAUAUUUGGGUCCCAUAAAAGUGUGAGUUGUUGGAUUAAAGUGGCAGUGUUUCUUUUCGUCUUUUGUUGACUUGAGUGGUGCAUAAAGAGCAGAGAAGAGUAUUGUGGAUAUAUCUUAGACCAGAGAUGAGUGCAUGCUUAGACUGAUUAAUUAAAUGUUAUUUAUUAUAUUUUAUAUUCUUAUUCAUA